GACAGCACAAGACAGUUGAGGAGUUUGGGAUCGACCAGCCAGGGUGCCAAAGGGGUAUACAAGGAAAAAGUCCUUGGAUAAAUUCAGUUUUUCAUCAAAUUUUCAACUAAUCUACAAAUCGACAUGAUGCGACUGGAGAUGCUAUUUGUGCUGGCCUGGGCAUUUUUUAUUCCUGGAACGAACAGCAAAAAAACUUAUGGUGAUAUGUUCCCUCACAAACACAAGCUACCUUUUCCAUUCCCAAUCCCUGGAUGGGAACCAGACAAGAACCCUUGGGACGAAUCUUUGUAUCCCCCCUUCAAACCGCAGUUGACUCGCAGACAUGAAAAACCACCAAAGGUGCGUCUAACGAGUGACAGUCCUGCGAUGAACGGCUCGUGCAUCUCUUUCACUGCCGCUCUGGAGUUUUCUCCAUGUCAGAAGGAGGACAGCAAUGGCAACCUGGUGUAUGAUGAACAUUGUGAUGACGCCAAUGGACAGCUGCGCUCAGGUUACGUGUUUAACUGGACAUCCUGGUUGGAUGACUAUGGCUACGGAAAGUGCACAGAUCUAAAGAGAUGUAAUGUUUUUCCUGAUGGAAAGCCUUUUCCUCAGACCAAUGACUGGAGACGCAGAGGUUAUGUGUAUGUGUGGCACACCAUGGGUCAGUAUUUUGAGACGUGUGAUGGCUCUUCCUCUCAUCUGACCCUGAACACAACUAACAUGACGUUUGGAGCUGAUGUGAUGGAGGUGAUGGUGUAUCGUAAACGUGAACGCAGAAAGUACAGCCCACUUUCCACCGAUAAAUCUGUAUACUUCAUAACAGAUAAAAUUCCACUCUCCGUCAACAUUUCCCAGAAGGAAGCAGCCAGCAGAGCGGACAGGAACAUCUUUGUCAGAGGGUCUGAUGUGAUUUUCAAUGUCCAGCUCCACGACCCCAGUAACUAUCUGAAAACAGCUGAUGCGGUCGACUUCAUUUGGGACUUUCGGGAUGGCAACCAGUUGGUGACUCACAGCAGCGUGGCGACCCAUGCAUAUGACAUGCUUGGAAACGUUACAGUCAAGCUCCUGGUGGAGGCAGCGUUUCGUGUUCCCUGCCCUCCACCAACUCCAACACCAGUGCACUUUACACACGCUCACAGCACAGCAAUACCGACUCUUCCUCCUGGCACUCACACAUUUACUAGCAAAAUGGAAACUACCAAGGCUCCCAUCAUAAGCAGUGCUUCACCCACGACCACCACUCGAGUUCCUACAACUGCCAUCCCAACAACUGAACCCUUCCAGACUGAUUCAGAGGUUACAGCAACUACACCUGAGUCCAGCUCCAGUUAUAACCAACCGACUGCGCCGCCGCUACUCAAACACACACACUUCCAGGAGUCAGACUGUUUCCGCCACAUGUACGGCUCCUUCGAAGGAGAGAUCAUCCUUAUUGAACGUCCUCCAGCUCUGCAGAACCUGCCGGCUAAUCAGAUUUUAAAAGUGUCUGCAGACAAAGUGAGCAACACAUCAGUAAACUUCAUGGUGACCUGCUCAGGAAGUGUUCCCUCAGUAGCCUGCACCAUAGUGGCCAACUCUGCCUGUCGGGAGGUUAAGAACAUAGUGUGUGAGGAUGUGACCCCUUACGACGAAGGCUGUAAGAUCAGUUUGACGCGCAUUUUCCAGACACCCGGCACUUACUGCGUUAACAUCACACUGGGUGUUCCUGGAGGACUCGCUCUCGCCACCACAACCUCAAUCACCAUCGGAAACAGCCCUGAUAAGAACUCUCCUAAAUCCCCCCAUGUUGCCGAGGUGGUUCUGUCCUCAAGUGCUGUGCUUAUUUGCAUCUUCGCAUUCAUCGCCUACAUGGUUUACAAGCGCUAUAAGGUGUAUCGUCCAGUGAGACGCUCAAUGCUGGAGGAUGCAGAGAGGAAUGCUGACAGCUGGGGUUUAGGCAAACUGAGAGCAGUUUUGUUCACUGUGGACGAGGAAAGAAGCCGUUUAUUGACCGAAAGGCCACAAUAGACUGACCUGAGCUGUUGUAGCCACCAGUUUCUACAGGUGCUACUUAUUCAAUCCAUCACCUUAGCUGUAAAACUAUAACAAUUACACGUGAUCUCAUAGUUGUUGAGUGCAAGGGCGUAGAAUUGGAAUGGACGGAGGGGAUGUGUCCUCACCAAUAUCCACCAAUUACUGAAAUGUCCCUACCAAUAAUUUAAUCGACUUCAAAAUAAAAUAAUACUCCAUCAACCCUUAGUAACCUACUUGUGCACAAAGAGUUAGUCAGGUUUGCUAUGAGUUCACUAUACUAUCAACCAAGGCUGUGCAAUCAUUCGACAUAAAGUUUGGAUUUUGGCCUCCAUGAUUAUGAAAAACAAUAAUCAGGAUAAAACAGUUUAAAUGCAUCACACACCUCUCUAAACUUCUCUACAUUCUUACCUCCUCAAAGCCAGAUUGCAGCCAAAUCAUGUAAAUUGACUUAUGCAGCAUGGAACAUGAUUAUUUACUCCAUGUAAGUGUUUAUUUUAUAUUAUGAAGUACUUUAUUCAUGUUUUUAAAAGCGCAAAAACUAUUUUUGCAAUGCAUGCACUCUAGGGAUGUAUGCCCCCACCAAUGUCAAGAGCAAAUCUACGCCCUUGGGUGAGAGUAUUCAUACUGAUUGGAUUACACUGGCAUCUUGUCAUCAGCUUAGCAAGAAAAAAUAAUAGUAACAUUUCAGCAUGUGUGCUUGAUAGAUUUUGAACUCUUUAUAGGGUAUUCAUUGGAGAAAAAAAAAAAGUGUUAUUGGGGGUUAUUACAAGAUUUUUUAUGAGAAAGACUUUUAUGACUUAAUCCUUGUGUGCUGUUUCCAUCUAACAGCACAAAUCCAACUGGGAGAUUUGGAGUCCUAAUUUGGCCACAACUUUGUCUAUGUUUUAGCUAAUGGAUUGAUUUUUGGUGACAAAUCUUAUUUCAACACAAAGUUUGGAAAAAUUAUUUGAAAAUUUUCUAAAACUCAAUAUACUCUGGGCAAAUUUACUACCCUUUCAUUAUGUUAGUGGCUGUUUUUGUCUUUCAUUAUUUUAUUUCUUCCUUUAUAAUGCCAUUUUUUUAUUGCAAGGCCAUGACAGCAUAUAAUCAUGCAUUCUUGAUUGUUGGUGGCUUUCCCUGUUGGGAAGAGGUAAAAUUUGAUUUUUUUAUUUUUUACUGAUACAACAGUGGUAUAAUCAGUUAAUACCGCUCAAUAUUAACACCAGUGAUGUCAAGUGUUGCCGAACUGAAUUGUGGAUCCAUAGUUGCUAUAGAAGUUGGGAAUCUCUCAACUUUUCAAGUGCCAACAGAAGCAAUAGGCAAUCAGAUCACUAUGCAAACACCUUAGCUCAGACAGUAGCCGAUCGCGGGCUAAUUUUAUUGGCUGACGCUGCUAUGACGAUCGCGUAAGCCCCAACUUUAAGCAUUGAUGCUGAAGCCCCAUGUGAAUUGGGCGUUAGAUAGUCCUGUACAAAAAAAGUUUCUCCUCUGUUAUAAUGAAAGUCAAUGGGGCAAAAACAGCCACUAACACAAUGAAAGGGUAGUACAUUUGAACAAUACACAAGGGUUAAAAAAUAUAUAUUGUAAUAAGUGUCACUGAAAUUAUGGUUCCUCACCUGCUCAAUGGUUAAAGGAUUAGUUAAAACUGAAUAUUCUUCUAUUAAUUCCUCACUCUCAUGUCAUUCCAGCCCCUUAAGAACUUGGUUUGUCUUCGGAAAACUAAUUAAGAUAUUUUAGAUUUUUAGAGAUCUCUCAUUCUUCAUAGACAGCAAUUGUCCAGAGACAUUCAAAGAAGAGAAUGCUCCCACAAAAAUAUACGACAGUCAACACUCAAAGUGAAUUAAAAAUGUUUUUCAAAAUUGUCUUAAGGCAAUAAUGGGUGUUGUUAAAUAGUUUUAGGACCGCUUUGAUGAAAGGUGGUAAUCUAGUUUAAAUGUUGACUACUGUAUAUUAUUUUCUCCCACUCCUUCUCGCAGUAAUCAAGUUUUGUCCCACUCCUAGAAAAUGAACCAUUAACAGUCAAAACAUUUUACUUGACUGGUUCAACUGUAAUCAUACAAAGCUCCAAGAACACUUCAGUGUUGUAAAAAAAAAAAAAAAAGCUGUAUACACGACUUUGUUCACCAAUGUCUUCCAGAUCAGAUCAGGGUGCACAAUUACAACAGCCAAUACAAUUGUCCUUUUCUGGACCUUAAAUGUCUCUGAACUAUUGCGGUCUUAUUGCAGAUGAUGAAAGGUUUUAGAUUUAAUCUAAAAUAUCUUAAUUUGUAUUCCCAAGAUGAACAUAGGUAGGGGAUUGGAACGAAGCAAGGGUUGGCAUCAUUUGUAUUUUGAUGUGAACUACUUUUUUAAAGGGAGUCACACCAGACCAGUGUUUUCCAAAUCUAAAAUGACUAAAACUACUAACUGACAAAUCACAGAAAAAUGUAUCCUAUCCAAGUUUGGAUUUCUUAAAAACAAACUGAAGAUUUGCGGCAUAUCAUUAUUGCUGAUAAUAACACUUUGAUUUGGCAUGUUGAAUUUUUUGACAUGUUUGUUCAUUUGAAGACAGGUGUUAAAUGAGAAAUGACUGGAGAAGCUCGACUUUAUUUUGAAUGUGACAGCAACAUGGGACUUGUUUUGAAUGUUUGGUGACUGAAAUCAGAGCAUUUUUUUUUUUUAAAGGCUAUUGGUAAGCUUUAAUACAAUUCCCUUUACUAACAAUUUCUUCACAAAGAAAGCAUAAAUUAAGUCAUGACAUUUGUUCAAUCUCAUAUAAUGCAGGUAUGCUUGAGUAUUAAAAAACAUCUGAUAGCACUUUGGGUAAAUAUUUAGCUUAUCUAUUAUGAUCUACCACUCUUGUAAGUGCUGUAUAUACAAAAUGAUACUAAUAAACUUUGGAGACUGCUAAUGAUUUACAAA